AGCUCCACACAUUCAUAUGGAGAUUUGGGAGUAUAAAUAGAGGAGCUGCAGGCAGUGCAAAUCAGACUCGCUCUACACAGAGAUCUACAGCACAGAGAUACAGACAUGACACCUACAAUCAUCUCAGACGAGCAUCUCCAUCUCAACAACAAGCUGAGAAAGCCAAUCGUGGAGAAGAUGCGCAGAGAUCGUAUCAACAGAAGCAUCGAGCAGCUCAAGGCUCUUCUGGAUCCACAGUUCCUCAAGCAGCAGUCUGAUUCCAAGCUGGAGAAAGCAGAUAUACUGGAGAUGACAGUCAGCUUCCUGACACACCAGCAGUCUGUUCUGGACUCCAGUUCACAUGCUGUCAAUCAAGGCUUCUCCAGGUGUGUCCACGACAUUGUGCACUUUCUGUCCGAACAUGACACACAGAAGACACAGAGCCAGAGAAGACUGCUGGAGCACUUCCAGAACCUGCAGACACCAUCUGAACAGAUCAGGAGAGAAAGUGUCCUGCCUCCGCUGAGCUCCACACACCACCACACCUUCAACAAAGAGAUGAAUGUCAACAAGAGCGCCAUCUGGAGGCCCUGGUAGACACAACCGAUAACACAUUGAAACUCUACAUUAGACAACAUGAACAAUUUCACUUUUGAAUUUCUCUUUUUGAGAAAAGAUUGAUCAUCAGAUCCAGUUUGGAGAAGAUAUUUGUACUGUAAUAGUACACUGAGGAUUCUGUCUUCUAUGAAGACUCAAUAUUCAAAGAACAUUACAAUAGUAUUCUAAACAUUUUGCCACAAAACUAUUUUUUUUUUGCAUUUUUUGUGAAAUGCUUUUUGUAGUUUAUCUUUGUCCUUAAGAAUACUAUGAAAGUCAUGGA